AUGGACGAGAUAGCGGUACCACGAAAAUCUAUCCAACCUGAGCUGCGUCGCAAUCCAAGGCCAUUUGCGGAGUCUCGUGUUGCGAGAGACCUUCACCAUCAAUUGAAUCUCAUCAAAACGAACACAAGCACAGGAGGUUUUCACCAAUUUGAAAAUGACGCAAAAGCUCUUGAGAAACUCGAGGCUCCGACUGACGGAAUCGUCCCUGCUUUGCAGGAGGAGUAG